UUAUUCAUCUGUCUCAGUUUCUCUCCCGCGAAACAGCUAUGGCGAAGAAGAAGAAAACCAGAGAUGGUGGCGACGUUGACGACAAAACCCAAACCAAUUUCUCUCCUUCCACCGUCUUUGUCGGCAACUUGCCCUACGCCUUCACCGACUCUCAGCUGGAAGAAGCUUUCAGCGAUGUCGGACCGAUUAGGCGGUGUUUCAUGGUCGCCAAGUCAGGUUCAACUGAGAAACGUGGCUUUGGUUAUGUUCAAUUUGCCGUCACGGAAGAUGCAAACCGUGCUAUAGAGGUGAAGAAUGGUUUUUCUGUUGGAGGUCGGAUAAUCAAUGUUAAACAUGCUAUGCACCGAGCCCCCCGUGAACAGAGACGGUCUAAGAUAAGUGAAGCAGCAAAUUUGGAGAAUUCUCUGAAAUCAGAGGAGGACAAGGAUGGCGGUACUACCAAGUCAGAAAAGGAUGCUUCAAACUUGGCUGGAGGAGUUUCAGCUGUUGCUCUAAAGAAAAAUUCCGAGAAACAAUUGGAGGUUAGAAAAGCUGCAAAACUUCAUGUUGAUUUAGAGGAUAAAACGGGUGGUUCAGAAAAGCAAAGAGUUGCGAGGACUGUGAUAUUUGGUGGUCUUAUUAAUGCAAAGAUAGCGGAAGAUGUUCUUAGCCAAGCUAGAGAAAUUGGAACUGUAUGUUCUGUGGCAUACCCUCUUCCAAAAGAAGAGCUUGAGAAACAAGGUCUUAUGCAGGAGGGAUGCAAAAUGGAUGCUUCAGCAGUUCUUUAUACAAGUGUCAAAUCAGCUCGUGCUGCGGUUGCAGUGCUGCACCAAAAAGAGAUUAAAGGGGUGGUUAUCUGGGCUCGUCAGCUGGGUGGGGAGGGUUCGAAGACUCAGAAGUGGAAACUUAUUGUUAGAAAUCUUCCUUUCAAGGCGAAAGUGACUGAGAUAAAGGAUAUGUUUUCAUCGGCAGGGUUUGUCUGGGAUGUAUUCAUUCCUCAUAAUUCUGAUACAGGAAUAUCCAAGGGUUUUGCAUUUAUCAAAUUUACAUCCAAAAGUGACGCGGAAAAUGCAAUUCAAAAGUUCAAUGGGCAAACGUUUGGCAAAAGACCAAUAGCUGUUGACUGGGCUGUUCCUAAGAAAAUAUAUACUCGAUGCAACAAUGCAAGUCUUACUCCAGAAAAUGGAGAAGGUGAUGAAACAGAUGGGGAAACUGAAAGUGAUACUGAUGUUUCCAGUGAUGAUUUUGAGGAGUUAAAUAAAAAAUCCAAGCAACCUGAUAGUGUUGAUAGUGCUUCUGAUUACUGCAACACCACAGAGAAAGAAGAUAAGCCUGUUGAAGUUAAUUUUGAUGAAGAAGUAGAUAUAGCAAGAAAGGUUCUAAAGAACUUGAUAGGAUCCUCUUCUAAAGGAACUCCUACUUCGUGCGAUGAUGAUUCUGUACUUCCAAAGAGGAACAUGGAACCAAAUAUGGAUGAAUCUGUAGAUAUGCCUAAUAAGGUAUCAGAUGAGUCUGCAAAAGCAUCAGCAGUUUCCAGGCCUGGAAUGCCUGACAAAGAAGAGCUAAAAUCUCUUAAAGAGAUAGAGGAAAAGGAAAAACUGCGUAGAACAAUUUUCAUAGGCAACCUCCCAUUUGAAAUUAACAAUGAAGAAGUAGAACAACGGUUUUCUACUUUCGGGGAAGUGCAAUCCUUUGUCCUAGUUCGUCAUCCAGUCACCAGGCGACCGAAAGGAACUGGUUUCCUCAUGUUCAAAACAACAGAUGCGGCUACUGCUGCUAUUUCAGCAGCUAAUGUUGCAUCAGGCGUGGGGAUCUUUCUGAAAGAUAGGAAAUUGAUUGUCUUGGAAGCUUUGGAUAAGAAGGCAGCACACAACAAGGAAAUAGAGAAGGCCAAGAAUGAGGAUCAUGACCAUCGCAAUCUUUACCUGGCAAAGGAAGGUCUUAUUUUUGAGGGGACUGCAGCUGCAGAAGGUGUUUCGGCUAGUGACAUGUUAAAACGCCGAAUGUUGGAAAGAAACAAGACGACAAAGCUUCAAUCCCCAAAUUUUCAUGUUUCAAAGACUAGACUUGUUAUUUACAAUUUGCCCAAGUCAAUGAAUGAAAAAGAGCUUAAAAAGCUCUGUAUUGAUGCGGUUAGAUCACGAGUGACAAAGCAAACACCUAUGAUCAGACAGAUAAAGUUCUUGAAGGAUAUGAAGAAGGGAAAGGUUGUCACAGAGAAUCACUCCCGUGGAGUUGCUUUUGUGGAGUUCUCAGAGCAUGAGCAUGCACUUGUGGCGCUGAGAGUUCUCAAUAAUAAUCCUGCAACUUUUGGUCAUGAGCACCGCCCAAUCGUGGAGUUUGCUGUUGAUAAUGUUAAAUUGUUGAAGCUACGGAAAUCUAAGCAAAGAGCUCAGCACGAGACCCAUGGCGAUCCAAAAGACGCACAGCAAACUAGCGAUUCAAAUAGACCAGUUUCCCAUCCAAACGAGAAAAAAUCCAGAAAGCGCAAAUCCAAAGGUGAGAAUCGUGCAUCCAAUGAUGCAGCAGUAAACAAAGAAGAUGAAGUAGAAAAUAGGGCCAUCAGCGAAGCCACUAGUGAUCGAUGUGGAGCUCCAAAGAAGCGGAAACACAAUCCGGCCUUUGGAAGGGCAAAAGAGUCACCUUCAAAAGAAAUGUCAGGAGGCUCAGAACAGAAAGGGAAAGGCUUCAAAGGGAACCCGAAAAAUGAGAAACGUGGCAGGAAACCUAUUGAUUGGCAAAAGCCAAAAUCGGCCGAGGAGACGAAUAAGAAACCUAAAAAGAGGAAGCCACAGGAUCCUACUACAGGUGUUGAGGGGGAGAAUACGAGAAGAAAGAGGCCAAACAAGAAUAAGGACCCGUUGGGGCGAGAUGUAGUAGAUAAGCUUGACAUGCUUAUUGAACAAUAUAAAUCCAAAUACUCGCAAAAGGGUUCAAACCAAACUGAUGGUGAGAGGAAAGGGUUGGGGCAGCUCAGAAAAUGGUUCCAAUCCUAAUUGUCCGUUGCUUGGUUUGUACCAUUCCAUGGUAUAGGUUCCAUGUAAGAGUACAAAAAGGCAUUGCUCAAGAAUGUUGUGCUUUGUGUAACUUGGAUCUUUUUUACUUAAUUUUGCCAAGUUAAUUGCCCAUAAAACAAUUUUGUUUUUUUCUUUUUUGAAAGUACAACAAUUUUGUUUUAAGUUAAUGUUGACAGUUAGUUGUAUUAUACUUUCAUUUGGAUCCCUAAUUUAUCC